AUGCUUUCUGUUAAUGACUCGCAAGUGCCAGAUAUCUCGACACUUUCGAUCUCGUCGAUGUCAGACUACCACAAUUUCGAUUUCCCCGGAAAAGACGCACAGCGCGAAGCAGUGCUCGAUCUGAUCGACCAGCAAGGCUUCAUCCCAGACGACGUGGUGGAGCACGAAAUCGAAUGGUUCUACGACGCCCUAGGAAUCGACGAUCUCUUCUUCUCCAAAGAAUCGCCGGAAAUGAUCGCAAACAUCAUCCAUACGCUGUACGCCGCAAAAGUCGAGUCCUUUGCCAGACUCAACAUCGCAGGAAACACCACCGACAACGAACCUGCUACCCCCAUCGCCGACAAAACGUCCUCGGGCGCAUUUUCCGUCAAAACCCAAGUGGUCACCGACACCCACUCCGUUUUCAUGGAAACAGGCCACCAACUCGACGCCAAAAUCGACUCCCUCUUGCUGGACAGCCCUCAAAACCGCUACAGACUGAUCUCGUACACGGCGGAAAACAAUCUAAAACUCACAUUUGUGUACCGCACGGUUUUCGCCCAUGAGCCCGCAACAGCUCACAAACUAACCUCGGAGCAGCUCACAAAGGGUGAAAUCGAUUCCAUCAGCGACUUGACCAUGUCCCAAGUCACUUCCAAAGAAAACAAAAAACUGUAUGGGCUGAUUAUGCAACAGAUGCACCAGCGUGAGGGGCCUAUUAUCAAGACUUUGAACUCCGUGGCUGACCCAGACGAAGUGCGUAUUGUGGUGGGCUUCAAACGCGGUACCACAAAGAGCUACUACACGGCAUUGUCAUCAUUGCUGCACUACUACCAUCUCAAGCCUUCCAAGGUCUAUUUGGAGACAUUUGCCAACGACGUUAUGAUUUACUCGCUAUAUGUCAAACAAUCGCAACAGUCCGAGGACGUUUUGAACAGUCUUUCAAUGUCCAUUCUUCAAUUCGAAAGAGAGGCGUCCUUGUUGUAUUCCAUCCCAAGUAAUUACUUCCAGGAUUUGUACCAGCAAAGAAGUUUCUCCCCACAAGAAGCUAUCUAUGCACACAUUGGUGCCAUUUUCAUCAACAACUUCAUCAACAGACUUGGUAAUGAAUACCAGGACUUGGUGAGCCAGUUCAAUUUGUCUUCCAUGACCAACAAUACCUCUAUGCUCGAGAUCUUGAACGGUUUGAAGAAAAAACUAAGAAAUGAGACUUACACGCAGCAGAUGAUCAUUGAAGUUUUGCACAAGUAUAAGGACAUUGUUUCCAAGCUUUACAAAAACUUUGCCCAAGUUCAUUACGUUUCUUCUGCUCGUAGUGGGUUUGCAAAAACCUUGUCAUACCAAAGACUGUCGCAGCUUGAGCCUUUUGCAGACGACAAUGAAUUCGAACAAUACCUCAACAAGUUUAUCCCUAAUGACUCGCCAGACAUGUUGAUCCUACAGACGCUUGCUCAGUUCAACAAGUCUGUGUUGAAAACCAACUUUUUCAUGACGAGAAAGGUAGCCAUCUCUUUCAGACUAGAUCCAAAGUUGAUUAUGCCUGAAACCGAAUUCCCAGAAACACCAUACGGUGUGUUUUUCGUUGUAGGUAACACUUUUAAAGCUUUCCACAUUCGUUUCAGAGAUAUCGCAAGAGGCGGUAUUCGUAUCGUUUGUUCCAAGACUCAGGACAUUUACGAAGUCAAUUCCAAGAUGGCUAUCGAUGAGAACUAUCAACUGGCCUCCACCCAGCAACGGAAGAACAAGGAUAUACCAGAAGGUGGUUCUAAAGGUGUGAUUUUGUUGAACCCAACGCUCACAUCACAGAAACAAACCUUUGUCGCGUUCUCGCAGUAUGUGGACGCCAUUAUUGACAUUCUUAUUCAGGAUCCAUUGAAGGAGAAGUACGUUGACAAAUUGAACCAGCAAGAAAUUUUGUUCUUUGGGCCUGAUGAGGGUACAGCUACUUUUGUGGAUUGGGCUACCGCACACGCCAAGAGCAGAGGCUGUCCUUGGUGGAAGUCAUUUUUGACAGGUAAGUCACCAUCCAUGGGCGGUAUCCCUCAUGAUGUUUAUGGCAUGACAUCAUUGAGUGUCAGAUCUUAUGUCAAUGCCAUUUAUGAAACCCUUGACUUGCAAAAUACAACCAUCAACAAGUUCCAAACCGGUGGGCCCGAUGGAGAUCUGGGGUCAAACGAAAUUUUGCUGUCCUCACCCAACGAACAAUAUGUGGGUAUUGUUGAUGGAUCGGGUGUUUUAUGCGAUCCAAAUGGUCUUGACCAAGAGUCACUAAAAGCUUUGGCUAUAAAGAGAAGCACAAUUUCCGAAUAUGACACAUCAAAGCUGAGUAGUCAAGGUUUCUACGUUUCCGUUGAAGACAUUGACGUGAAGUUACCAAAUGGAGUGGUAGUGGCCAACGGCACGACUUUUAGAAACAGAUUUCAUCUAGAGCUUUUCCAGUUUGUGCAGAAGGUGGAUCUGUUUGUCCCCUGUGGUGGGAGACCUAACUCGAUUGAUGUAAAUGUUUUGCAGUAUUUCAUCGAUGCCAAAACAGGCAAAUGCAAGAUUCCUUUUAUUGUUGAAGGUGCCAAUCUUUUCAUUACGCAACCUGCCAAAAUCGCAUUGGAAGAGCACGGAUGUGUUUUGUUCAAAGAUGCUUCUACCAAUAAAGGUGGUGUCACAUCUUCCUCUCUGGAGGUUUUGGCAUCAUUGACACUAAAUGACCAUGACUUCAUUCACGAGUUUAUCGGCAAAACUCCGGGCAAAACCACGCAAUUGUAUGACGAUUAUGUCAAGUUCAUUCAAAGUAAAGUUGAAAAGAACGCGAGAUCAGAGUUUGAACAGUUAUGGCAGCUCAAACAGACCUCUGGCACUUCCAUUUCCGAACUUUCCAACGUCCUCUCACAAACGAUCAACAAAUUGAACGAUGAGCUCAUUAUCUCUAACGAGCUGUGGAUGAAUGAUCUUGAGCUCCGCAACUACCUGUUGCUGAAGAAAAUCAUUCCCGCCUUGUUGAUCAACGUUGCUGGUCCUGAACAAGUGCUUCGUAACGUACCAGAAUCGUACUUGAAGGCCUUAUUGUCCAGUUACUUAUCCAGUUCCUACGUUUACAGUUACGGUGUGGACGUGAACAUUGGAAAGUUCUUAGAGUACAUCGGUGAAUUGAAGAGAGAGGCAAGAGGAUUCAAGUAG